ACAUGUUCAAUUUUUAACAAUUUUUUUAAUUUGAAAUGAUUGAAUAUUCUAUAUAAUACUUCAUGAUAAACUAGAGGCUCUGUUUGGAACCCAUUUUUAUGCGUGUUGAAGAUAAAUUCCUCCUAAAACUUGUAUUCCUUGAAUCUUGAAUAUGGAUGAGUCUGUAGAAAACCAGGAGUUGGAUGAGUGUGGUAGUACAGUCACCGAACUGGAGGACGGUUUACUGAAUGAAAUUGAAGGAAUGAAGGAUGAAUUUCUAAAUACUAAACAAUAUUUAAAGGAUGUAUCUACCCGACUAGAGGAGGAAGCAGCUACAAGGGAAGCUGCAGAAGAGCAGCUCCUAGAGGAGAAGGAUGCUAGAGCAGUUGGAUUACAACUUCAGAGGAAAACUGAACAGGAGAACAUAUUCCUAAAACAGGAGGUUCAGGAGUUAGAGGAGAAACUGUACACGACAGAACUAGACAGGGACCACAAAGAGGAACAGAUAAGAUGUUUGCGAACCCAGGUACCUGAGACUGAAUCAGCUUAUGUUAAGAUUAAUAAGGAGAAGAAGGAUCUACAAGACCAACUUGAAAGGAUGCAUGAAGACCUUGAGAGCUGUGAGGAGAGGAAUUAUAGUUUAAGCAAAAUCAAAAUAAAACUGGAGCAAACACUAGACGAGAUGGAGGAUGAGAUAGAGCAGGAGAAGAAGAGUCGAGGAGAAACUGAGAGAUCUAAACGCAAGCUGGAGGGAGAGUUUAAACUCUUACAGGAAUCUUUAUACAAUAAAGACAGAGAAGUGCACGAGCUAGAAGUGUCCUAUGUAAGGAAGGAGAAAGAAAACAAAACUCUAGGAGUAAAGCUUGAAGAGGAACAGGCCAGGGCUUCAAAUGCAACAAAACAGAUACGAGAGUUGAGCGCUAGACUGGAUCUGGUCGAGGAGGAACGAGAAACUGAAAGACUAGCAAGGAUAAGAGCAGAGACACAAAGAGUUGAACUUUCAAGAAGAGUUGAAGAUUUAACUUUAAGCCUGGAGGAAGCCGCAGAUUUUAACUCGAAUCAGUCUGAACUGGGUCGGAGAAGGGAAGAUGAAAUCAUGAGAGUUCGGCAGGAAAUAGAACAAGUUAAAACUCUUUACGAAACACAGAUCGAAACCUUGAAAAAGAAACACUCUGAGACCUUGAAUUGUAUCCUGGAAGAAACUGAAUCUGGAAAUAAACUUCGACUCAAACUAGAAUGUGAAAGUCAGAAACUAAAGACUGAAAACCAUGAACUCCGAACCCUGCUGGAUACAGCCUAUAGAGAUAAUAAAACCAUGGAACGAACAUACAAGGACGACAACUCAAAUCUUCAGAAGUAUAUCCAGCAACUUGAUGAAUCUAGAAAGUUUACUGCUGAACUAGAGAUGAUAAAGAAGAGGCUUGGAUCUGAGAAAAUUGAACUUCAACGUCAGUUAACGGAAACACAAAAUGCUUUAGGUCAAUCCAUGAAGCUGAAGAGUGGUUUACAGUUUCAGGUCGAAGAAUUAAAGAAAUCAUUAAACGACGAAGCGAAAGAGAAAUCCACAUUAAAUAGUAAACAUAAAAACUUAUUUCUUGAGUUCAAUCAUCACAAGAAACAGAUGGAGGAGGUUCUUGAUGCAAAAGAUAAUAUUUCGAGGAGAUUAAGUCAAAGCCAAGCAGAGUUGGACUUGUGUAAGACAAAAUACGAAACAGAAACUGUUCAUAAAGUAGAGGAUUUAGAGGUUCAACUCUCUAGAGCUCAGAAUAAAAUCAGUGAAUCUGAAUCCCAGAUUUUAGUCCUGGAAAACAAACUCGUCAACUCUGAAAAGAUGAGAAGAAGGUGUUUGGAGGAUUCUCAGGAGUUGCAGGAUAAGAUUGAAACCUUGACUUUCACGAACACUAAUCUGGAGAAGAAACUACGUCAGCUGGAGAGAGUUAGCGGAGAAUGGAAAUCUAAAUAUGACGGAGUCAAGAUGAAUCUAGAAGAGUUAAGGGAACACGAGAAAACUCUCUCCCUAGACCUACUCAGAGUUAAAUCCAACCUUGAAACUCUUCAAGAAAAAAUAGAAUUUCUGAAAAAAGAUAACCGAGGUCUGUUGGCUGAAAACAAGGAGUUAUUAGAAAAGUUUGAAGAAGAGGGGAUGAGAGUUGCUGAAUCUGAGAAAACUCGUCGAAGAUUAGAAAAAGAGAAACAUGAAGUAGAGAAUACUUUAGAGGAAGCAGAGGCAACGAUAGAGCAACAUGAACAUAGAAAUUUACGCUGUCAGCUUGAAAUGAGUAAAUUAAAGCAGGAACUUGAGCAACAGCUGCUAGAAAAGGUAAAGGACUUUUCUACUUCCGGGUGUACUACUGGCUGUAUUUACAACAAGAAAGGAUCAGGUCCACCUGCUCUUGCAUUGUUGGACUGA